AAACAUAAACAUAGGAUUUGGUAAAUAAAACGAAAGGUGAAACGACGCUAGCCAUGGACAAGCUGACAACAAUAAGCGCUACGUUGUUUAUGGCUGCCGAUGUCUUUGCCAUUGUAAGCUUGGCUAUGCCCGACUGGAUUAUCACUGAUGAAGCGGGAGAAAUUCGACUGGGCUUGAUGUGGACGUGCAUGACGCUCUACAACCGACCACAAGUAUGUUACACUCCCGAUUUGCAGCCAGAGUGGCUAAUUGCGCUCGUCUGCAUCUUUAUUGGUUGUAUUUGCAUCACGACGACAGUCAUACUGUUGGCGGCGAGCACUUGGGAUCGAAAUGUUAUUCCCUACGCUCGCUGGGUGGGAUUCGCAGCAAUGGUGCUGUUUUGCUGCGCUGCUGUUGUUUUCCCACUGGGCUUCCACAUAGAGGAAAUCGGCGGACAAGCCUAUCAACUACCAAACAGUUUCAAAAUCGGCAUCUCAUAUAUAAUGUUUGUGCUGGCCCUUUGGAUAACUGUUGUGUCUGAACUGUUUGCGGGAAAGGUGUGUCUGCCACACUUUUAGAGCUACUCUAUAAUUUUAUGAAAAAUUUAAUAAGACCAGAAAAAUCAUUUAAGGAUAAUUAAUUACAUGUUCUGUGAUUUUAAAUCGAAUGCAUUAAAUGUCAAAUUUCCCAGAAUCUAUUAAGUUUAAAUCUUGCAUGAAAUAUUCAA